AGGAGUGUCAGUAUCUCUUCCAGCCCCAGCUCAUCGUUCAGAGGCUGAUAGGGAUCUCUGUUCUCUAUCCUGGUUACUUCAUAGAACAGAUGGUUCCUGCCCACAACAGAUCUGUGCUCUACAAAGUGUUCAUCCCCAGUUACGUGUCCAGUGUAAAGGUCCAACUGGCUAACUGCAGCACACACCCCAGAGACCAACCAUCCAGGGGACAGACGGGAGACACCAGGGGACCGGGAGACAGAGACAGUACUGGAGACAGCUGUUCUGUUGUCUUAAAGAUCCGAGCCAGGGCUCCUCCAGUCCACAACUCAUCAGCUCUGGACUGCAGGGAGUGGUCACCCUGUGAGCUUGACACACCCCUUCCUGCCUGGGAACACUGGUACUAUAUCCUGGUGGAGCGUUACCUAAGCAACCAGGACGUAUACUUCCGCAUCGGUGUGCAGGUCACAGAUUGCUCCAAAUCCAGCGCCUCUAAGGGUUCCCCCUCUAGCUCAUCUUCUGGCCCCAGCUCUAAUCUCAACCUGCCACAGUCCUUUGGCAGUGCUAUGGGCUUCUCUCUCUCUGAGACGCUCCCCUCCACCCCUGCCGGCCUCCCGGGCCUCCCCAGCCACGCCCAGAACUCCUCCUCUUCGGACCCCGCUGGCUCCCUCCUCUCCCCACAGGACAGUAUAACCCAUAUGGCUCCCAGCUCCGACCCCAACAGGUGCUGGCCCAUCCGGCCCACCCUGAGGAAUGAGCUGGACACCUUCUCUGUCCACUUCUACAUCUUCUUUGGUCCGAACAUCUCUGUUCCUCCGGACAGGGCUGCUGUGUUCUCCAUUAACCUCAUGCCUGUCCUGGACAGUGGAGGAGUCCUCAAUAUGGAACUCAAACUCAACUUGUCUUCGUUGAGAGGAGAGAACAUCACGGUGUUUGGCUGUCUGAACCACGGCAUGCCCCUGUCCCUGAAAGACAACUCCUCUGUCAAAUGUGAAUCAGAUUCCGUAUCAGGCUUCCUGUUGUCAGUAAACUCCAGCUCCAACAUCACUAAGCUGAGGAUCCCCUACCCCCAGACUGGCACCUGGUACCUCAGCCUGAGAUCCCUCUGUGCCACCGAACAUGGGUUUGAGCCAUGUUCCAACAUGACAGCGGAGGUGUACCUGCGCUCCUACCUGACCCCCUGCAUCAAUGACUGUGGGACCUACGGACAGUGCAAACUGCUACGUACUAACAACUAUUUGUACGCUGCCUGCGAGUGCAAAGCAGGCUGGGACGGCUGGGGCUGUACAGACCCCUCGGAGGCGUAUUCCUAUAGUUUCCAGCUCCUGUCCACCUUGCUGCUCUGCCUCAGUAACCUGAUGUUCGUUCCUCCUGUGGUGAUCGCUGUCCGCGGCCACUACCUUCUGGAGGCCUCUGUAUACAUCUUCACCAUGUUCUUUUCUACUUUCUACCAUGCGUGUGACCAGCCUGGUAUCGUGGUGUUUUGUAUCAUGGAAUACGAUGUUCUCCAGUUCUGUGACUUUCUGGGUUCCCUCAUGUCUGUCUGGGUCACCGUCAUCUCUAUGGCCCGGCUCAAGUCUAUCAUUAAACAGGUGCUGUAUUUACUCGGGGCCAUGACUCUCUCCAUGGCUCUCCAGUUGGACCGUCACGGCCUGUGGAACCUCCUGGGACCGUCCCUCUUCGCCCUGGGCAUCAUGGCUGUAGCCUGGACGGUGCGUACAGUGCGACGGCGGCGAUGUUACCCUCCGACCUGGAAGCGCUGGGCGUUCUUUCUGUUCCCGGGGACGAUGAUAGCGGUUUCAGCCGUGGCGCUCUAUGCCUUCGUGGAGACAGAGGACAACUACUUCUACAUACACUCUAUCUGGCACAUGCUGAUCGCCGGCAGCGUGGGCUUCCUGCUCCCUCCCCGCGCCAAGCCCCGCACCAAGCUCACACCUCUGAAACGUCGGAAGGGGUGUGGCUACCAGCUGUGCGUCAACGAGCACGAGGAGAUGGGAUUGGUGGACCCGGUCCCUGCCAUAGUCGCUAUCAAUAGUAUUAGUAUCAGCUGAUGCCUGAGAUCAGUAACUCUGACUGACUGUACCAGCUGGACAUAGGAUCUAGCACCUAUUGACUGACUGUACCAGCUGGACACGGGAUCUAGCACCUAUUGACUGACUGUACCAGCUGGACACGGGAUCUAGCACCUACUGACUGACUGUACCAGCUGGACACGGGAUCUAGCGCCUA